AUGUAUGAACCAACCACCGCCAAUUGGAAUUAUCAGCAAACGGCGAAAGUUCUGGAGAUGAUGGAUGAACCCAUGAAAAACCGUAGUUUUUAUGACCCGCAAGACCUGGAAUGUUUUUUAGAAAUAUUAAAAGAUGUUAGCUGGGAUAACAACUCUGAUGAUGAUGACGAAGAAGACGUUAUAUACCUACCUUCGUAUAUCCACCUGGCCCAAACUGUAAAAAGGACGAAAAGGAAAAGCCCAGUAGCUCCUAGGCCGAGGGUUCUCCCACCAACAUCUCGGGUCAAAAAGGAUCCAACCAGUGAAAUAAUGGACCUCUAUCUUGCCCCAGAAGCCGAGGUUAGUGAUUCUGAGAGUGACGCCACUCUAGAAAACAAUGUACCUGUAAGCCUUGAAGAAGCCGAUGAUGGCGAUAACGACGACGAUGACGAUAGAAAGACAAUCGUUGCUGAAGAAGAAACCGGAAAGUGGAAGAAGAUCGAAAGACUAAAAUCAGUAGAUUUCAGAAGUCUUGAAGAUGCCUGUAAUGAUUGGAAUAGAAGGGUAGAAAAAUUUAAAGCGUUAAUGAAAGAACCAGGAAAAUUGAAAAAGUUUAACGAAACUCACCCGAAAUCAUGUGACCAACAAAACGACACAAAAAGGAAAGCCGUUGUAAAGAUUUCGAAAUUGGCCCUCGAAGAAAUAAUUACCGUAUUGGAUAAUGAACCUAAAACAAAAGAAAGAAUAAUGGCAUUAGAA